GGGGCGGGGGGUGGAAAUGGCCAGCAGACUUGGGAAAGCUAGCCUCACUGGAACAAGUUCAUCAAUUCCGUUGCACUCAUUAAACUAGGAUAUUUGCAAUUGGAUUUUGAAUAAAUGUGCAAUUAAAGGCGUUGUCUUGAGGGAAUCAAGUCCCGCUUGUCAAUCAGAACUCGCGUCCAUUUAGGGCAGCAGCAGAUGUUCUCCAAUUCAAAAAGGGCAAGGAAGCCUUUGAAUGAAAAUGUUACAGUAUGAAUACCACAAGUUGCUAGGUACCUGUGUGUUUGUGUGUGUGAUCAAAAGCAUGGGAAGCAAUGAAGAAUAAAACAUUCAGCAGCUGCCAAGAUCUGGGAACAUGCUUUAUUUUUUAAAAAAUAAAUAAACAAAUCACGUGGUUACUGAGUCAUUUCCAGGAAAGGAAACACCCACUGACUAAACGCUGAGAAAGUGAAACUUAACUCGGGUCUUUUUCUUGAGGGAGCCAUGGCUGCUUCUGGGCGUCCGGUCCAGAAUCUUUGCGAUGAAGCCACUUGCUCCAUCUGCCUGGAAUAUUUUAAGGAUCCAGUGAUCAUCGCAGAGUGUGGGCACAACUUCUGCCGAUCCUGCUUGAUCCAGUGCUGGGGGGAAUCGGAGGCAGAGGCUUCCUGCCCUCAAUGCAGAAAAACAGUCCAGAGAAGGAGCCUCAUCCCCAACCGGCAACUGGCAAACUUCGUAGAAUUAAUCGAGAAUCUCAGCCUUCAAGAGGGAAAGGAGGAAGGAGGGAAAGGAGGAGUCUGUGAGAAACACCAGGAGCCCCUGAAGCUCUUCUGCAAAGUCCAUGAAGCCCCCAUCUGCCUGGUGUGUGACAAAUCAAAGGAACAUGAAAAUCACAAGGUGAUUCCUCUGGAAGAGGCUUUGGAGGAAUACAAGGGAGAGAUCCUUCACCACCUGGAGAUUUUGAGGAAAGAGAGAGAGGAAAUUCUGGCCUAUCAAGCAGCCCUGGACAAGGAAAGCAAAGACCUCCUUAAAUUAACAGAAACGGAGAGGCUGAAGACUGUGGAGAAGUUCAGAGAACUGCGCCAGUUCCUGGAAGCACAAGAGAAACGUCUGCUGACUCACGUGGAAGAGGUGGAGAAGGAGAUUGCAGGGAGAAGGGAUGAGCAGCUGGCCAGACUCUCCAGGAAACUCUCCUCUCUUGAGAGGAUCAUCCAGGAGAUGGCGGAGAAAAGUCAGCAGCCAGCAAGUGAACUUCUGCAGGAUGUGAGAAGGACCUUGCAGAGGUAUGAGAAAAGAGAGAGUCCAGAGAAGCCACUGGCUUUCCCUCCAGAACUGAGGAACAGGAUCUUGGAAUCCUGUGAUUUUGUGGAGGAUGCAAUUAAACAAUUUAAAGAUGCUGUGUUAUACAGAAAACCGAUUCAGAAAGAUGUUCAGUCAUUCAGAAAUCUUCUGAGAGCAAAUGUCACUCUGGAUCCAGACACAGCCCAUCCUGAACUCAUCCUGUCCAAGGAUGGGAAAAGCCUGAGUAGGGGAGACAAACGUCAUGCCCUGCCUGAUAAUCCUGAGAGAUUCAUUCAAUGGCCUUGUGUGUUGGGACGUGAGGGAUUCACAGCAGGCAGACAUUUCUGGGAAGUCACUGCGAGAAGUGGGGAAUGGUGGGCUCUGGGGGUUGCCAGGAAGUCUGUGGAGAGAAAGGGCAGCUUCUCCUUAAGUCCUGAGGGAGGGAUCUGGGCUGUGGGGGAUCUGGGAGGGGAGUACUGGGCCUGCACCCCCCCUGAUCCCUCUCUUCUGUCCCUGAGGGAGAAGCCCAGGGGGAUCCGGGUGACUCUGGACUAUGAAGGGGGACGUGUGUCUUUUUCUGACGCUGACUCAGGAGCCGAACUCUACACGUUCUCAGGAGCCUCAUUCUCUGGAGAGACCCUCCUGCCUUUCUUUUAUAUGAAUGACUUUGAAAUCCAGCUCAGUAUCUCCUGAGGAGACUAAAUCUGCCUCUCAGGCCCAGCAGAAGUUUCUCUCCAGACCAGAGUGACUGACAUAAAAACCAUUUACCCGCCAAGAGCAGGUUGGGCAGUUUCCCAAGGGCCCUUUGAGAGGAUUCAUUCCAGUCAAAAUCAGCAGAAAUAACCAAAGAAAAAUGGGUUGCUCUUGCUUUGCAUUUUCCUUCCUUUUCCCAGAAUUCCCUCUGCAGCUUACUUCUUAAAGAGACAGUCACACUUUUAUUAGGAGUCCUAAUAAAUUUUAUCACCUUCA